AUGCCGCUUUCUACAGACACCCAAUACGAUGUUCUUGUCACGGGCUCAUCUGGCCAUUUGGGCCAUGCCCUCAUGAUAACUCUGCCAUCACUCGGCUUCACACCAAUUGGAAUCGACAUUCUCGCUUCUCCAACAACUACCUGCGUCGGCUCAAUAACAGACGAAGCCCUCAUCACCAGCAUCUUUCAAAAAUACCCCAUCAAGCACGUCCUCCACACGGCAACUCUCCACAAGCCUCACGUCGGAUCCCACACCAAAAACGACUUUGUCCAGACAAACAUUGCAGGCACUCUGCUACUUCUCGAAGAAGCAGCCAAACUCGGCGAUCUAAUCAAAAGCUUCGUCUUCUUCAGCACCACCAGCGCCUUUGGCUCUUCGCUCAGCCCCAAGCCAGGCUCCCCCGCAGCCUGGAUCGACGAGACGGUCGUUCCCAUUCCCAAAAACAUCUAUGGGGUGACUAAAAUUGCGGCUGAAGAUGUUUGCCAGCUCUUCCACAAGCAGCAUAACCUUCCGAUUCUGGUUCUUCGUGUGAGCCGCUUCUUUCCAGAGGAAGAUGACGAUGAGGAUCGACGGAAUGCGAUGAGCGACGACAAUCUCAAGGUCUUGGAGAUGGCGUAUCGUCGUUGUGAUAUCAAGGAUAUCGUUUCGGCAACGGUAUGCGCUAUGGAAAAGGCUGGACAAAUUGGAUGGUCCAAGUACAUCAUCAGUGCGCCGCCGCCAUUCUCGAAUGAUCCAGAGACGCUGGCUGCCCUGGACAGAAACCCAGGAGAAGUGCUUGACAAAGUAGUUCCUGCAGCCGCAGAAGUGUUUCGGGAGAAAGGAUGGAACUAUUUAGAUCGAAUGGAUCGUGUCUACGACUCGGGAAAAGCCGUUCGAGAACUUUGCUGGAAGCCCGAAUACACGUUUGCAGGGAUCAUUGAGAAAUUGGCUCGCGGUGAGGAUUGGCGCAGCGAGUUGGUCGAGAUAGUAGGAAAGAAGGGAUAUCACGCCGUUAGUCACGGUGUGUAUACGAAAUAG